ACCCAGCUGCCGCGUUUGGGCCCGACGGGCCCUGGCGAGAAGCCGAGGGUGGUGGUGCUGGGGACCGGGUGGGCCGGCUGCCGGUUUCUGAAGGGGCUCGAUAUGAAGAUGUACGAUGCGGUGUGCAUAUCGCCGAGGAAUCACAUGGUUUUCACUCCUUUGCUCGCUUCGACAUGCGUGGGCACACUUGAGUUCCGGUCGGUGGCUGAGCCGGUGAGCCGGAUUCAGUCCGCUUUGGCCGGAGCACCCAAUUCUUACUUCUAUCUGGCUUCCUGUUUGGGAAUCAAUACCGACAAGCAUGAGGUGUAUUGUGAAACCGUCUCAAGUGAUGGACUGCCUUCCGAUCCCUACCGGUUUAAAGUUGCAUAUGAUAAGCUGGUCAUUGCGGCUGGUGCCGAGCCGCUGACUUUCAAUAUUAAGGGAGUAACAGAGCAUGCCAUUUUCCUGCGCGAAGUAUAUCAUGCUCAAGAAAUUAGAAGGAAGCUUCUGCUGAACCUCAUGCUCUCUGAAAACCCUGGCUUGUCAGAAGAAGAGAAAAAGCGCCUUUUACACUGCGUUGUCAUUGGAGGAGGCCCUACCGGAGUGGAGUUCAGCGGCGAGUUAAGUGAUUUUAUCAUGCGAGAUGUGCGCCAAAGAUAUUCUCACGUUAAGGAUUACAUCAAAGUCACUCUUAUUGAGGCAAAUGAAAUCUUGUCAUCAUUUGACGUGGGAUUACGGCAAUAUGCAACAAAUCACUUGACCAAGUCCGGAGUUCGCCUGGUGCGUGGAGUUGUAAAAGAGGUACUACCCGAGAAGAUACUCCUUAGUGAUGGAUCUCAUGUUCCGUAUGGCCUGCUGGUCUGGUCCACAGGAGUUGGUCCAUCUCAAUUUGUCAAAUCACUCGAUCUUCCCAAAUCCCCUGGUGGAAGGAUCGGUGUGGAUGAGUGGCUACGUGUUCCUUCGGCCGAGGAUGUAUUUGCACUUGGGGAUUGUGCAGGUUUUCUUGAACAAACUGGGAGGCAAGUGCUCCCCGCUCUUGCUCAGGUUGCGGAAAGGGAGGGGAAAUAUCUAGCAGAACUGUUUAGGAGGAUCGAGAAGCAGAAUGGAGGGAAAGCUCAUUGCGCCAAGGACAUUCCUCUCGGCGAUCCUUUUGUUUACAGGCACUUGGGAAGCAUGGCAUCCGUGGGGCGCUACAAGGCCUUGGUUGAUCUAAGGCAGAGCAAGGAUGCAAAGGGCCUAUCUCUGGCCGGAUUUGUUAGCUGGCUAAUAUGGCGCUCGGCUUACCUGACUCGCGUGGUGAGCUGGAGGAAUAGGUUCUAUGUGGCAGUAAACUGGGCCACCACCCUCGUUUUCGGGAGGGAUAACUCCAGAAUUGGUUGAUACACAAGUUCUUAAUUAGCUUUAUAGCACAGCUGCAGGGGCUCACCAUGUAUCGGUAGCAACAGCUUCUGCCAAUGUUUAAUCUCUUUGUCACCCACACGCACGAUACCUCUAUUGUUUUAUUUUGAUUUAUUGCCUGAUUAUGUUUGGUCGAUAAAGAAUGUAUACCUCUAUUGUAAGGAAUAAUUCAUCCCAAUUUUGAUGCUUUUGCUGUUUAUGUCCAUUAGCAACACGGUCUUAUGACUUCGGAAGCAUUCGUUUCCUGAAAAAUUGUAAUUUAGUGCUCCUCUCUCACGAGUUCAUUUGAUUGCGUUGUUUC